AUGGGGAUGAUGUGGGCGUGCUCAGCAGCAUCGCUGGCUUGCUCGAGGCGACUCUCGCGAGCCUCGCGAGCCAGGAGAGUGGGGAGACUGGGGAGACUUGCUGCCCGAGGUAGCGAAUGGUCGGCUGGUUUGCAGGAUCCCAGAGAGUUUGAGUCCGAAGAGGACUAUCUCAAGACCCUCGAGGCAGACGGCGAGUUGCCCAAAGGGUUUCGAAUCGCAAACAGUAACUUGACGUUCAUCCCCGAAGAAGCUCAGGAAAUGGGGGAGCUUCCCAUGAGACUUACCGUCCUGUGCCUGGAAGAGCCUAGUGAUAUGGCAGCGGCCGUUUUCACACAAAACGCAUUUCCUGGUGCUCCUGUGCGGGUUGGCCGAUGCCGAUUUGCAGACAAAGCAAAGCUUCAAGCAGUCGUUGUCAACAACAAGAUCAGCAACGUUUCCCCACCUGAUUCUGAUGGAGGUGUAUCUGCAAGUGAGGAGUUAUGCCUUGAGUUGGCCAAGAAGCUGAACUUACCAGGUGGCGGGGAGUCAGUGCUACCAAGCUCGACAGGAGUGAUUGGCUGGAGGUUACCUGUAAAGGAGAUGGUGCAAGCUCUCCCGACAGAAGAAAUGCUUAAGGGAGGCAGCGCCGUUGCUGCUGCCCGUGGAAUCAUGACAACAGAUCGCUACCCCAAGCUGUCCGCAAAGACCUUCGAUGCUGGUGCAAAGUUGGUUGGCAUCGCCAAAGGUGCCGGUAUGAUUGAGCCAAACAUGGCUACGAUGCUUAGCUUCCUGAUGACAGAUAUCAGUUUUGAGCGGACCGAGCUGCAAGCGAUGUUGGAGGAAUGCGUAGCUGCCAGCUUCAACGCCAUUUCCGUCGAUGGAGACGAAUCUACAAGCGAUACGGUUGUUUUAAUUUCGAGCGGCCGGGCAUCAGCAGAUGUCAGCAAGGAAGAGUUCAAGGCUGCCUUGAAAGAGGUUUGCUGUGAUCUUGCGGCGCAGGUUGUGCGAAAUGGAGAAGGCACCCAGCAUGUCAUCCGAGUGAGUGUCAGCGGUGCUGACACAGAUGACACUGCGAGAAGGGUUGGCAAAGCAGUCGUGAAUGGGCCCCUGUUCAAGUCAGCUGUUGCCGGCAACGAUCCCAAUGUGGGGCGUUUGAUCGGAAAGGUCGGACAAACCUUGGGGACCGACGGUGCAAAGAUGGCACGGGACUGCGUCUGCAAGAUCGGUGGGGAAACGAUCUUCGAGAACGGCCAGUUCAGACUAGACACUGCCAAGGAGCAACGACUAAGCUCCCAUUUGAAGUUUGCUGCAGCAGACUGUCAACUGCCUUAUCCGCAGCACCGUCGAGUGGUGGAUGUGGAGGUGGUUUUGGGAACAGGAUCCGGCAAAGCAGUUGUUCUCGGAUCAGAUCUAACCACUGAGUACGUGAAGAUCAACGCAGAUUACCGCUCUUGA